AUGGUAACGACAUGCUUAAAGGCCAGCGAUUCACGGGUACCGGUCAAGGAGGAGGAGAGAUUUUACAAAAUGAUAAUGGACAAGUAUGCCCAAGUCGAUAGACUCUUAGAGGAACACAAGGAUCCUAACGAUAGUUUACAGCUAAGGCUAAAUUUUGUGGAAUGCACUGCCAACCAUAAGCUGGGUGAAAUGCUCAGGCGAAACAGUAACAGCAACGGACAUGCAUUAUCUGUCAUCGCCGACCUGAAGCGUCGUACACCGACACAUCAUCCCAACUCUGACGGUACUGUGCUUACGUAUAUCGACGCUCCUGAAGUCGCCAAAAAUAUGGCAAGUAUUGGAUUUGAUGUUAUCUUCGUAAACACCGACGAAACCGUCUACGGUGGCCAUAUCUCGGAACUUCACGAAUGUUUUCUCGAACUCCGAAAACUUGGAAGGAGGACUAGGCCAGCUAUCGUCAUGAAGGACAUAUUUUUACAUCCAAUUCAGAUUGCCCAGGCUGCUGAAUACAGGGCCGAUGGUGUGUUGUUGAGUGCUGCCAUUCUGGGAAAUGCGCUGAAGGAAAUGCUCGCUGCGUGUGUCACCAUGGGCAUCGAGGCGAUUGUCGAGGUUCACACGGGAACGGAGGCCAUGAUGGCGAUUGACGUGGGCGCUACGCAUCUUUUGGUAAACCAGUGGGACAGAGUGGCGAAUGUGUUGAGACCAACGAGGGCAUUGGAAAUUAAGGAAAUGGUUGGUGAUGACGCUACACUUAUCGCCGCAGGUGGAAUUAUUAAGUUCAGCCAAAUACAUGAACUGGGACUCAUUGGGUACGACGCUGUGGUACUAGGAAGGCGAUUAGUUUACAAUGACAUUCCAGAGUUUGUCAAACAGGUUCGUGAUUGGCGUGCGCCAUGCAAGGCUGUUCUCCGCAUGAGCAAAGCCUUGUUUUUCGAUAUAAGAUAUGAUGAAAAAAAAGCAUCGUGCGAAAUCAAGCUUAAAAGGGGACACGAUAAACUCUUCAAGGAAAUGAACGCCUUCUACAGAAAUGAAAGUGUAGAUGUGUUCAAGAUUAUAGAAAACGAUCAAGAAUUUUUAGAUUCUGGUGGCUCACAGCUAGAGCAGGGAGCACCGCAAGUUGAUGAAAAUAGGGAUGCUAAUUUGGGUGAAAGCGAUAAAGUGGUCACAAUCACUUGCGGUAACCCGGUAAAUACGUGCUUCGUCAAAAAUAUACUGUCGACAGUCGAAUGUCCAGAAAGUAUGAUCGAUGCUAAUUUGUAUUUAAAAGAGCGCAAAUUGGAUAUGUACCAAAUGAAGUGGUAUAUAGAACGUGAAAAAUGGGUUAAACGCUUCAGACAAUACUUCAAGAACAGACAUGAUGCGUACAAGGCGCACAGACUGCAGAAGGCUAUUGAAAUGUACACAAAAUUUAAAUUGCUAGGUGAAGAGCGGAUGAGAAAGAAACGUUCCAAGGGAGAGGUAGAGCAGAUGGAACGUACGCUACGUGAAGGGUUGAAUAUUGCUUAUAAGGAAGCUCCACGCGAUGAACAUGGUAACGUCAUUUUACCUCAGUAA